GCUAAAGGGUUUUCCCCAAUAGACUAUUCGUAAUGAAAUGUUUAACUUCUUUCCUGUGAACAGACUUAACCCUUGUAAAGUAUGAAUGUCCUUUAUAAACAAAGACCUGAAAAUGGUGAACUUUGUGUAAAUUAUCUGAAAAUAUUAUACAUGGUGACAAUUAAGAAUUGACAUGUCCAGCAGCCAUAUAUGGAUCCGCCCUCUGCAAGACGUAUGCCAACUGCAAUAUUUUGCAACACAAAGAAGUUAUACAACUCUUCUAGCUAUCAAGCAGCGACAGAUGCGUCAAUGGAAUUAGAAUUAUUUUAUAGUUUGCAUAAUAAUAAUAAAGUUAAACAGAGAAAUGUAAACUUAUUUAUGAGGUGUAAUUUAUAUAUUUAUUUAUAAUUGAUUCAAAGUAGGGGUGAACCUAACGACUUUUAUUAAUUAAUCUAACAAGCAAUUAUUUUGUAUUGCUUGACAUAUAAUAAUGAAUUUAUCAAAAAUAAAAUUUCCUCAAGCAAAGGUCCGAAACAUCAUAAUGACUAACGUCCGUUAUGAUUCAAUACCAAAUAUUUUCAAGUAGUCUGGUACUUGUAUCAAUGUCUGCAUGAAGUCAAAAACUAAAAUAAAGAAAGUACAAUUCAAUAGCAUUUCAACAAUGUUUAUUAAAAAGGUUUACACUGAACUGGAGGAAACUCUAUAUCCUAGAUCACGUGUAUGCAGAACUUAAGAACAAAUUUGUUUGUACGAAGAGUUCUUGCACAUACUUGUUACAUGCUCUAACUUAUGUUACGUUUGCUGCUUUGACAUUUAGUGUUAAGAUGUGAGACUAAUCUUUCAACAGGUCAAAUAUCACAUUAUGACUCUGAAGCACCAGUACCUGUUGAGCUCAAAAGCUCUAGUGAAGGGCAGCUGCAAAUUGAGGAGAAGGAAAACACUCCUCAGGGUGAAGAAGUCAUGAAAGAGAGAGACCACAAGACUUUAGUUGGAGAUGAAGAGCGGCUUGGGUCAGAAGAAUCAAAGACUGUGUUGAAGCUGUCUUUUAGUGAGGAUCAGAGUUUCUCCAAAACAUGUUUCAGUGAGGAUCCGAAAGUGUCAUGUGAUGAAGACAGGCUACUAGAAUCAACUUUUCCCCACGAGUCAAACAAUGUGAAAACCGGCUUUUCCAAAGCAGCUGAACAGAGCAGGAAAGAUAGUUUUUUAUUGGAAGAAGAUGAAAAGAUGGAUGAUGAUUCUUUAUGUAAUGACGAGUAUAUUGAGCCCUCAACAGACGAGGAGUGUCGGUCGUGGAGAUAUCCUCAGUACAAGGUCUGCAAAGAGGGAGAGUCUCUCAUGUCUGAAGAGCUGCAGGAAGAUGUUUGUGCUGAGGAGAAGCUGGAACUAUCUGGAUUGGAAGAGGAGAAAGGAGGCAGUGUUGCAGAUCACAGUGAUCCCUCUGAAGUCCAAGACAGUGACUGUGAUUUGGUAAAUGUCUCUUUUGAGAUGGCCAGUUCCUCUGAAUUGCAGGAAGAUGAUGAAUCUACACCAGAAGAGGACUCUGUGGCAGACCAUUGUUCUUUAAACAGAGAACAUGUGAGCAUGGAUUCCAAUCAAGAAUUUAAAGAGGGAGCAGCCAGUGGAGAAACUGGUAUUUCUACCACAAUGCAAGACCAGAAAGACACAGAGGAAUGUACUCAAGAGGAUGAUUUUUGUCAACAGUCAGAAGACAUCCUAACAAUCGAUAUAAAGGAAGAACAUAUGGAUCUAGAGUCAGGCCUAAAUAGCAGAGGGGAAAAAAUAACAUCAUCUCCUUUUGCAGAUGUAGCUCAUAAAGAAAUACAGACGGUGUAUACAGAAUUUCAGAGAACCACUGAAGAAGCAGCACAGUCAAAAAAAAAGGCCAAUGUCCAGCCUGUAGACGUUGCUGCAGAUGAUCCGGCUUUAAGUUUAACAGAGGUCCAGGUAUCAGAAUGCAGUCUGAAAGAGGAAAAGGGUCCAGAAAUAGAAGAAGAAACUCACAAGGCAGUUGGAGGAGAGUGCUUAAAGAAAGUCACAUUUAUCCUGGAGCCUGAGCUAAUCAAUGACUCUGCACUCUCUGAGGCCAGGACCUCUGAGGAGUCCAGAGCAGAGACGAGCAUGUCAGAUGCUGAGCUGAGCUCUCAUGAUGAGACCAACACCAAUGAAAUUAUCGAUCGGAUGUUCGACGAGGUGCUGGAAUAUGCUGGAAGGAUGGAGGAAGAGAGGGGGAAUGAUGACGAUCCUGAGAAUGGUGAUAGUGGCAUUGGUGUUUGCUCUGGAGACAAAGAUAAAAUGGACACAGAGUCUAAGAAGGAGAAAAGUAAAGAGGAGGGAGAGGCCAAAGAAGAGUUGGAUGAGAGCAAGGAGCUUGAAGGCAAUGGAGAUGAGUUGCUCACUUUCCCUCCCAGUGGCAUCCUCUCUCCUCUCAGCAAGUCGGUUGAGGCAUGGGUUACCCCUCUGCGGCUGACAACAAGCAUGGAAUCCAAUCCUCACUCUAUGCUCCUGACGUCAGAGGAGACCCUCUCCCCUGCAGUUGACUCUGUUCCAUUGUACAGUAUUGAUGCCUACCGUACUCAAAGGCAGAACAAGUUGCCCCCGAUUCAGAGCGUCACUCCCGGGGUUCAGAGACGAGCUCCAGAGAAGUCACAGCUUCAACAUUCUGUCAACACCAAGGAGAGAAUCACGGCUCUUAAUGAGGAAGCAGUCAAACUGCAGAGUGUGAUCAGCCAGACCCUGCAGGCUCUGAGCUGCUGUACUGAUGAGGAGCAUGGACGAGGCUCGCUGGAGGAGGCGGAAGCUGAAAAACUACUGCUGGUGUCCUGUGAGAAACGCUCUGCCCUGCUUGCGGAAGUGUCUAGACUGAGGGAGGAGAGGAACUCAGAAACAGGAGGGUCAUCAGGGGAGGAAAAGGAAUAUGUUUCCCAGCAGCCCUGUAGAGGCACAGUCAGCAUCACAAACAUCCAGCUGCCACUUAAGUUUGAAUUUGUCUGCUCCUCACAAAACCGCACAGGUAGACCAAGUCACUACUUUUUCAUCCUGAUCCGCUACGGGCCCUGCAACAUCAUCGCUACUCCACUGGCCACAGCUGCUGAUGCUCAGAAUGGAGACACCAUCUCCUUCCCCACCUCAGUGACACUGAAGGACAUUCGCUCAUCAUUUGAGAUUGAUGUAGAAGUCUAUAGUCUGUCCCACACUUCAGGUAGCAACUGCAGUGUGGACCGGACCACCACCAAGUCACGGGUUACACCUAGAAAGCUUUUGAACACUAUCAAAAGAUCCAGUAACACUCUGACAUCUGCUGCUACGCCUGCUCUCAAUGCUCGUCGCUCCAGUAACUUUUGUCUCGUGGGCUCCCACAAUAUCACCUUGGCCUCACUGGGACACAGCAAGUUCCCUCUGGAUAAGAUGAAACUUGAUGGCAAAAUCAGGAGACUGCUGGGAGAUGAAUUUCAGGAAAAGGUGCCUUUUCUCUCUCCUCUAGAGGGCAACAUCUACCUAAGACUAGACAGCCAGAGUCACUCCAAUGUGCAGCACCAAGGCUUCCUGACAAUGUUUGAGUUGGUCGGUGGAUAUGGUGUGUGGCAUCGUAGAUAUUUUGUCCUGGAGGGAUACAGCAUGCACUACUGGAACCAUCCUAAUGACAGUGAAACCAAGCAGGCAGGGGGCAGCAUCUCUCUGUCCAGCUCUCCCAGUCAGUGUGUCAGGCCUGUCGAGAGGGACUCGUGUGCUCGACCUUUCACCUUUGAGCUGGUGAGCAACAUUCCACAUCAGCAGCAGGAUGACAGCCAGGAGGCAUUUGCCAAGUGUUGGUUUUCAGCCGACACCAAACAGGAGCGAUCGGACUGGAUGGAGAAACUCAACCAAGUUCUUUUGGACGUUCACACAUGGAACCGAGCAUCAGCAACCAAAACAGAAAGUCAGCAGUCAAACACGAGCAGUGGGAACUUGAGGGAGAGCAUACUGUAACUACAUCGAUAUGCUCUCAGAUGCAGUUGAAAUGAGUUGUGUCUGUCUGGGAUCCAUGGAGGCAUGUAGGGCUGGUAGAUUCUUAAUAUCAGUGCAGCAGGAGAUGAGCUUAGCCUCUGUUUCACUGAUUAAACUCAACAGCCAAAUUCUAAACAUAAAACAAACCGGUAACAUGUGAUGUGUCAUUUGAAUUUAUUUUUGGGAGAUUCUUCUGUUUAAGUUUCGGUUUAUUUCUUUUUAUCUGAAUCCAAUCAUUUACUGUUGGUUUACACUUUUAUUUGCCAAGUUACAGUUGUCACUUAAAUCUUUUUAGUUUCUCUUUACUUUACGUUUUAUGUUCUUCUAUGGCAAUCAGCUGCUUUAGCCUUCAUUGGCAUUGUUAUAUUGUCACUUUGAGUAGCUAAGAUGAAACUCCUCUUGUAGCGUAUAUAUUUUUGAAAUGAUGAAAGGUAAUAUUGUAUGUUUGUAUCAUUUAAACUGGAAUGAUAGACACAUUUAUUUAGACACUAAUGAAUAUUGAAGGAGAAGGAAAUGUUUAAAUCUACUAAACUGAUUUAGGAUGAGAAUUUAUUUGAAAUGGCAGGGAACUAUUGAAGGAGUGCCAAUGUUGGAAUGGGAGCUUCUGUUAGUCGUUUAGGGACAGUAUCUAUUUCUGUCUUGUGAAGUAAUAGGUUUUUGAUCAGGGGCUCUAAAUUGAAGAUAACGUGGGCUUAUGUUCCACUGAACCAAUCAAUAUUUGACUGUUUGUAACUCGAUCUCGAGUCUCAAUCUAUUCCUAUUGUCGGCACAAAGUGUCACUGGUGUCUUGGGGUUGUACUUUUUAUUCAGUGCCCAUAAGAGUACGCUCAUAUUCUUGAGUACAUGAUUUGUGUCACUGCACAUUUAAAGCUGUAUAUUUACAUUUGUAGACUUGUAAUACACCAGAUGAAGAGACGGGGUAAAAGCGGGAACUAUGGUGAUGCUGCUGCAAUGAAUGUGGUCUGUUCUGUCUGUUGUCCCGUUCUUUUCCAUGUAUGUAAACUAUCAGUCUGUCACUUUGUUAUAAAUGUUGUUGGUGUCAACUCUCAUAUGCACUUAAUGUAAGGUACCAAUAAAAGGAAAGGAAUUCAAA